GGGUUAAUGGACUGGGAGGAACUGUCUGCUUUUUGUGGACUCUGACUCUGGGCUCGCCUUCAUUCUGACUCUCCUGUGCUGAUCCAGCUCCGUGUCUCUCUGGUUUCUACCUGAACCGAACCUCACUCCUAUCGUCACCAUGUUUCUGGCUAAGAGUUUGAUUGGUGGGAUUCUGAAUGUUGUCAGCAACAUCGACCCUUCUCAGUUCAUGCCAUCAGACCCUCCUCCUCCUCGCAGACCUCUGAACUUCGCUGAGGCUCAUGAGACCGAAGAAGAGAAGCAGUUUCGGAAUGUUUUCAAGCAGCUGGCCGGAGAUGACAUGGAGGUGAGCCCCAAUGAGCUGAUGAACAUCCUCAACAGAGUCGUUUCCAGAAACUCAGCCCUGAAGACUGAUGGCUUCAGCAUUGAGUGUUGCAGGAGCAUGGUUGCUGUCAUGGAUAGCGACAGCACAGGAAAACUGGGCUUCCAUGAGUUUAAAUACCUCUGGAACAACAUCAAGAAGUGGCAGAGCAUCUAUCUGUCCCAUGACACUGAUCGCUCAGGUACGAUCUGCUCCAGGGAGCUGCCAAAUGCCUUCAAGGAGGCAGGUUUCCCUCUGAACGAUCAGCUCUUCAAACUGAUCAUCCGCCGCUACUGUGACCAGAAUGGGGACAUGGACUUUGAUAAUUUCAUUGGCUGUGUGGUGCGGCUUGACGCGAUGUGCCGAGCUUUUAAGACUCUGGAUAAGGACAACAACGGCACCAUCAACCUGGACAUCAAGGAGUGGCUUCAGCUGACGAUGUACUCAUAAGGCAGCGAGGGGAAAACUUCGGCUUUUACCUGGUUUUUCUCUCUGUUUUUGUUAACGGGACCAAAAGAUCAGAGAGAGUUCCCACUGG